AUGUCGAAAACAAUAAAAUCUAAUGAGAUCCUUCCCAUUGUACACGCAGACGGUCCCGCUGAAGAGCCUAAAGUUAUAGAGGAAGUAACUGUUUCAGAACCCGAAGAACCGGAGGAUGUCAAACCUAAAAUAGAAGAAGAAUGUGGCGAGACACCAACAUGUAAGCCUCUCAAAGCACAUUUAGACGAAUGCGCUCGUCGUGUGGAAUCAGGAGAAACUGAAGAAAAUUGUAGCGAAGAAUUAUAUCAUUUUUUGCAUUGUGUAGACCAUUGCGCUGCGCCCAAAAUAUUUGCGCACUUGAAAUAA